AUGUCGUCCGUCCAGCUUUCCUUCAACCUCCGCGUCUCUUCCAGCGUCAAGACCGUGCACCUGCUCGGCUCCUGGGACAACUACGUUGGCCAGCUCCCCCUGUCCAAGGACAAGUCCGCCUCCAAGUCCGGCUCGUGGAAGGGCACCUUCCGCUUCCAGGGCGAGACCCUCGAGGCCGGCCAGCGCUACUGGUACUACUACAUCAUCGACGGCUACCAUGCGUCGCACAACCCCAGCGAGAAGUCCACGCUCGAGCCCACCACCGGCCGUGAGCUGAACGUUCUUGAUGUCCCCAAGGCCAAGUCUUCGUCGUCGUCCUCCAAGAGCUCGUCCCACAAGUCGUCGUCGUCGUCGUCCUCUUCCCGCCACUCCAGCAAGGACAAGAAGCGCAGCUCGCGCUCCGAGAUCCCCAAGGGCCGCCCGCUGUCCACCUCGCAGAUCAAGUGCCCCAAGCCCCAGUCGCCCCACGCCACCCGCAACAUCCUGACCGCCGACUACGACAUGUCUGCGCUCUCGGAGCAGUUCGCCGCCACCGGCAUCGCCGAGGAGGAGUACGAGUACGAGUACUCCGAGGAGUCUGCCUACGUCACCGCCGACUACGGUGUCCUCAGCGGCUCGGACCUGUCCUACUCGUCCGACGACGCCAGCAGCAUCAGCUCGGGUACCCACUCGAGCAUGUCCGGCUACAGCACCCCCAGCUCCGACAUCAGCUCCUGCACCUGCGAGCGCUACGGCAUCACCCGCAAGGGCGACCGCGUCCGCAUCGACUGUGGCGGUACCCGCUGCGGCUACGAGGACGAGUGCUCGUCGUCUGAGGAUGAGGAUGUCUGCGCCACCUCGUCGCGCCGCAACGGCAUCAUUGUUUCGUGA